AUGGAUCGCGCGUAUUCGCAUCCACCUCAUGGCAUUCUAGGGAAUCAACUCUUGGGUCAUAGCGAGAUAAUACGUUACGGUUCAACAACGAGGUCAUUUGGAGCCAAUGUAAAGAGGAUUCCGAUGGGAAGUGCAAUUGAGGAUGAGUGGGAAGAUGAAGGCAGCAAUGUGCCACCUGGCGUAAUGACGUUGGAAAGGUGCAACACGUCGCCAAUGUUCACACGCCCUUCUCUACUUACCAAACUAUUUCACGACCACGGCGCGCAACUAAUGCAGAACCCGUCCUUACAGUCAACUCCUAAACCACCAAAUGGCCCGUUCACUAGCCACUUCCCCCAGGAAGAUAGCAGCCUCGUGCGACCUCAUGUUUUCCGACCGAUGGCUACCUCAACUGUACACUCGCGUGCAACAUCUCCACACACUACUCGCCGUAACAUGUUAGAGACGGAGUUACCCGAGACGCUGCGUUGGAAUCUGCUCCGGGAGCGGGAAGAGAAAAAAGCUACAAUCAACGUUGUGAAGAAGCGACUCCAGACUGCAGAACUAGCGGUACCGAGGACGAGAAAUGAAAUCGAAGGCGAUCUCCAGGAUUAUUAUCAGAAGGGAUGGUAG